GGUCAUGCUGCUCCUAUUCUGUAUGCAGCAUGGGGUGAAGUAGGACUGUUUCCCAUCGACGAUCUGCUGAAUCUAAGGAAGAUAGACUCAGAUUUGGAAGGCCAUCCGACGCCACGCCUUUCUUUCGUUGAUGUAGCAACAGGGUCAUUAGGUCAAGGUUUAAGCUGCGCUGUAGGAAUGGCAUAUGUUGGAAAAUAUAUCGACAAAGGAAGUUACCGUGUCUAUUGUGUUCUGGGCGAUGGUGAAUUAGCAGAGGGCUCUGUCUGGGAAGCAUUGUCAUUUGCCUCUCACUACAAGCUUGACAACCUUGUUGUAAUCUUAGAUGUCAAUAGAUUAGGACAGAGUGAGCCAACACCCUAUCAACACAAUGUCGAUAUCUACAAGGCAAGGAUGGAAGCUUUUGGUCUAAAUACUUACGUUGUGGAUGGGCAUAAUGUAAAUGAACUUUGCAAAUAUCUAGAAGGUGCAAAGAGCGUAAAAGAAAUUCCUACCGCGAUUGUCGCCAAAACAUUCAAGGGCAAAAAAUUUCCAGAUAUCGAAGACAGUGAAAACUGGCAUGGAAAAAUUCUCUCCAUGAAGGGAAUUGCAAUUAUUAAAACAAUCCAAGAAGAACUAACUCGUAAGGGUUCAUUUGAGAAACUCAAACCUCUUCACCCAACAGAUUCCGUGCCAGAUGCCAAUUUAGAAGAAAUCAAACUGAAAGAAGAUCCUAACUAUCUUUUAGGAGAAAAAGUGGCUACUCGACUAUCUUAUGGCGCAGCAUUGGCGAAACUGGGACAAAGUAGCGACCGUAUUGUCGCCUUGGAUGCAGAUACAAAGAAUUCCACUUUCUCCGUCAAGUUUCGAGACGCAUUCCCCGAUCGCUUCAUCGAAUGUUUUAUUGCCGAGCAGAACAUGAUUGGUGUGGCAAUUGGGGCAUCUUGCAGGAACAGAAUCAUUCCUUUUGUGAGUACCUUUGCAGCUUUCUUCACCAGAUCAAUGGAUCAACUCAGGAUGGCUGCCAUUUCUCAAGCUAAUAUCAAAUGCUGUGGAUCUCACUCUGGUGUUUCUAUUGGAGAAGAUGGACCUUCACAAAUGGGACUUGAAGAUCUCGCUCUCUUCAGGUCUAUUUAUGGCAGCACAGUGUUCUACCCGAGCGACGCAGUGUCGACAGAAAGAGCUUGUGAAUUAGCCGCGAACACGAACGGUAUCUGUUACAUUAGAACUUCGAGGCCGGAGACUCCUGUCAUUUAUGGAAACCAUGAUAAUUUCGAAGUUGGAAAAGCUAAGAUCGUUAAAAGGUCCGACAGCGAUCGGGUUCUGGUGAUAGCUUCAGGAGUGACGUUGCACGAGUCUCUGAGAGCCGCCGAUGAACUGUCAAAAGAAGACAUCCACGUCAGAGUGAUGGAUCCAUUCACACUGAAACCGAUUGACAGGGAUUCGAUUCUCAUCCACGGCAGAGAAUGUUCGGGAAAUAUCGUCACAGUUGAAGAUCAUUACCCCCAAGGUGGAAUAGGAGAUGCCGUGAGUGAAGCGACGUCCAUGGAAAAGGACAUCAUUCUGAAAAGGCUGGCAGUAUCGGGUCUGCCAAGGAGUGGUCCAGGAGAGGCUCUCAUGGACAUGUUUGGAAUCAGUGCGAGAUGCAUAAUUGAAGCUGUCAAAGAAAUGCUGUAGCAUCUGGAAUUCACAAAAUUCAUUUUUGUAUAAAAAAAACAUUCGAAGCAAGAGAUUAGUGAAAGAAGAAUGCACUUUUCGUGACUAUCUUAAUGUUCACAGUGUGGAAACUUUAUCAAUCAUUCGAAUAUGGGUAUCUCACUCAUUCAAAUGUGCAUGUCUUAAUAAUUUAGCCUUCUGAAGAUUUUUCCGAACUUUUAUAUGCAGUCUUGCCUGUAGUAAAAAACUUAAUGUUAUUAAAUGGAAAAAUAGUGCGUUGACGGUAAAUUUCCGUACAAUUUAUCCUAGGAUCUCAACGCCUGGAGAGUGAAAUACGACUAUUGUAAAAAAUCUAAAUAUGACUAUUUCAAUCCAUUGAAUGUGACUGUCUUAGUUACCUUAUUUAGUUAUCCUCUUAAUGUAAGCCAAAUCAAUGGUGCUGUAUAACAUUUGAAAGUUUGGAAUGUGUUUCAAUUCUGAGAUUUGAAUAAAUUCUUCUUUUGCACUUUACUAAGUAAAUACAAACAUGAAUCUUAUUAAUCUGUAGUUGAAUAUAAUGAUUAUAAAUAUCAGGGAAACAAUUGCUAUGAAUGCUAGUGCAAUAUUGUAGAGAAUGCGUUUCCUAUGCCUGAAAUAAGCAGAUCAAUAAUAGAAAAAAAUAGAAUAGAUGUUCAGCAAAUAUAUUAUCUUUGCAGAUGUUAUAGUAAAAAAUAUUGGUUACAUUUACGUCUUUUGUUGACUCACAAUGAAUUUUUGAAAGAAAAUUAGAAAAUGACACACAAGUGCUUCAAAGUUUUAAUAUUCUUUUUAUAAUGGAAUGAGAGGCUUGAAAAAUUCGAGAAUACAUUCUUUAGCCAAACGAAGAAAAGGAAGUGUAUCACGCUUCAUAAAAACUCUCUUUAUCUACUCUAAAAGGUCUAUUUUGUUACAAAGAUGUUAUAUAUUUCACGAUUAUUUUUAUUCUAAUAAAACUUGCUAUGUUACAUCUCG